CGUUUAUAUGCUCUUCGGGAGCAUAUACACGCAGUGGCUCUAGUCUACACUAAAAAUUUACACCCCCGUCAAAAAAAAAAAAAAAGUGUUGCACCGACGGUCACGAAUCCAACGCAGCUGUGGGCGCGCAGGUGCGGUGGUGCGGUUUCAAAAAGACCGAGUUAACGGACGCACCCACAGAUGACGCCACCAUCGGAAGAAGUGGAAAAUGGCCUCCGGUAAACUCGGCGUCAUCAACUCGUAGCCAGCGUAUCGGCGCAGCCAGCGUACGCACACCUGCUUGCGAGCGGAGGAGCUGGGAUAAGGGCACAGCAGCGCGGCCUCGGUCAUCAUCAGCCUCGCUCUCUCCUAACGUCAAGCUCCGACGCUUCUCCCGGUUCGCAUCACCUGAACGCCGCGGAAAGCUUGCUUUGGCGGGGAACAGAAUCCCAGCACUAUGAACGAAGCGGACACACCUCUUCGGAAACGCAGUAUGAACCACGGGGGCUUCAACGCUUCGACGUUCCCGUUGGGCGACACCAAGAUCUUACCAGAUUACAAGAACCUUAAGACGCUGGAUGAGAUAGACAACAUGACAACCAGCUUAAUUGACGGUUCACAUUCACCAGCUAAGGACGCUGUUGGGAACCCAUUUUACUUCCGGAUUCAUCUUUCCAGGUCUGAUAAAAUUAAGGUGGUGCUGAUGUCUGUUUUCGUCGUUCCAAUUCGCAUCGUGCUGAUCGUCAUCUUUCUGUUUCUGACGUGGUUGGGCUGCUACUUGGGCCAGCUGGGCCUGUCACCACAGAGGCUGCAAGAUCAACCCAUUAUGGGAUUCCGCAGGGACUACCUGAAGCCAGUGCUGGCCUUUUUUAUGAGGCUAAUGUUUGAGAGUGGAGGCCUAACGUAUAGCUUUAAAGGGGAACUUGCCAAGCAGAAAGAAGCCCCCGUGCUCGUCGUGGGACCACAUUCGUCGCUUCUCGAUGGCGUCGUCGUGCUACUCUUGGGAGGGCUGACACCAGUUGCCAAGGCUGACUCGGAGCACGUACCUAUCUUUGGAACCAUCCUGAACUUCACUCAGCCAGUUUAUGUGAAGCGCAGUGAUCCCAACUCGCGCCAAAACACCGUGCAUGAAAUAGCUCGACGUGCCACAUCCAAAGACCCCUGGUCUCAGGUGAUCAUUUUUCCGGAGGGUACAUGCACCAACCGUUCUUGCCUCAUCACAUUCAAACUAGGGGCAUUUGUACCUGGGGUGCCAAUCCAGCCAAUUAUCAUCAGAUACCCAAAUGAGCUGAACACGUUGACGUGGACUUGGGAUGGACCCACUGCCUUUCAGACUCUGUGGCUUACCUUGUGCCAGCUGCGCACAAAUAUGGAAAUCGAGUACAUGCCAGUAUACAUUCCAAGCAGCGAGGAAAAGAAAGAUCCCAAAUUGUUUGCUGAAAAUGUGCGACGUCUUAUGGCAAAAGCACUGCAACUUCCAGUAUCGUCAUACUCUUACGACGACUUGAAACAAGCAAACAUAGAAGAUGAUGUACACGAAAGAACUGUUACAUGCACCCGCCUUCAGAGGCUUGUCAAAAAGAACAGAAUACAAUUCAGGGACUUUGACAGCGAGAUCUUAAAGUUGAAAGCAGCCAUCAAAAUGAAAGAGAACCUCCAAGUGACAUUUUCAGAGUUCUCAAACUUGAUGGGCAUCCCCUCAGAUCGCUUUGCUCGCAACUUUUUCGAAGUGAUUGACAUUGACAACACAGGAAGGAUGGACCUACGCUGUUUCCUCUCGGCUCUCUGGCUCGUGCAUCCUUCAGAGCCCCAUAGGGCAGAAAAUGCAUUCAAGGCAUUUUCUGGAGAUGGUGGUGGGAUCAUUCUGGAAGACUUCACUCAGUUGCUGUGGAUCCUACUUGAGCUUCCAAAGUCAGCUGCUCUGGCAAUGUUCGAAAAGUUGGACAGAAACUCCUCAGGGAAAGUCUAUUUGGACGACUUCCGAGAGUUCCUUUGCUCAUCAACACAGUGGGAAGAUGUCUUCACCCCCAGUGAAAGGAGCCAGCCUUUGGAAGACAACGUGGGCAGAGCCAAAGAGGACUAGAGGACGCAUGUUGGAAAUGUAGAUGUACCCUGCCCUGUCCUCCUCUGCAAUGCCAGGGGUGGAUGAGCUUGCCAUUGGGUGCUUCUUGCGGUCCUCGCACAAAGCGUUGUUAAUGUUAUUUAUUGGGUCGCUACAUGGGCAGCAAUUCUCGGAGUCUGAGUUCAUAGCCCGUUUUUAAUCUAACGUCUUUCUUACUUAGUUAGCCGCUGACAGUUGAAGCUGGUCUCGACUAGGCCAUCGGCUGGCAGUGACUCACAGUCACGUGACACGAUUCCAGAAUGGGGGCUCUUCGAGCUUGCGCAGACUCAUCUAAUAUCUCAUAAACUAAAGCACCAGACUUGCAGUGACCACCAUUAUUACUGGAGCAUUCAGUAAGCUCUUUUAGGUACUUAAUGAGGUGGUUUUCAGUGAGGGUGCACUCCUUUUUUGACCCAUAGAUUUUACUUCGAUUUUAGGUAGGGUUCUGCAUUUUCGGAUCAUUCGCAGAAAAACCCUCCCGAGUAAAAAUAUUGCAGAUUUGGCUUUCUCCGGAAAACUGAACUUGGGGACUGCCACUUGUAAAAACCUGACUGUUUUUUACCUAUUCCUAGAAUCUUAAAACAACUUUUGUGAUUCUCUUUUUUUUUUUUUAAUUGCCUUUUCCUUAGUGUGUGUCACAAAAGAAUGCCUUUUGCAUCCUUAUCACAAAAAGGGGGUAACCUCUUUAUGACCGUAGGCGAACAUGUCUGGCCUUCCCAGCCGCUCAACUUCAUCCUUCCUUUUGGACAAGUCUCUUUCCGAGACAUUCAUUUGCCUUUGUCCGGCCUUCUUUUGUUGAAGAUUGAACUCAUACUUACUUUCCCUUGCUGGCCAUCCACAUUGGUGACAGAGAUCUGUGAUUCAUACUUUCUCUGUCGAUGCUGUUAAGCCAAGGAAUAUGUUUCACUAGGAUGCCUUCCACAUAUUUGCAGCCUUUCUUGCCCAUAACUUUUGUCGGGCGGCAGAGAAAAGCUCACUGAAGAAAAGCUCACCAGAGAAAGGCUCGCCACUCUUUUGGUGGAUGUGGAGAAAAGUCGCCUAUGAAUUUGUGAACCUAGCAUUUACCCGACUGAAAACAUUAAUUCAUCAGAAGUAUGUUUGGAUGUCAUAUGUGCAUAUAGUUAUUUUGCACAUCACUAUCAAAUAUUUUUGUACCUCAUGCACACCAUAAGCAGUCUACCGGAAAAAAAAAAAAGAGAAAUACUUUCCAUAGAACGGUAGUUAAAAUAUAUUGAGUGAAAUUUAACAUGAAUAAUAGGCUGCAGCUUCAGCAGCUCCCAGGUUUUUAUACUGCAGUCGUGUCUCGUUACUAUGGACACCGUUAAUACGUGUCCAUAUUAACGAGACAUCACUGUAUAUUGAAUUUAACUUCCAUUUAGUAGCAGCCACUGCAUAAACUAUGCCAAAUCUUCACGUUUCACCACUUGUUUAAGAAGGUAAACUCUCAAUUCCCAGUCCUUCUAAUUGAAAAAUGAGGUAAGUUGAUAUAUUGCCUUCAUUGUAAAUAUGUCACAAGUAAAUAUGGAAACAGCGCGAAAAGGUCGACAUGGAAGUGGACUGAGAGCUGCAGUAGAGUGCCCUGCUUUGAAAUGUAUACCUCCUGUGUGAGGGGUCUGUAAAUAUAGUUGCACUAUUGAUCUAAAUUUAUAACGACCACCUUGCAAAAAAAACUGACUUCAUGGUUAGCUUUUCCAGGUUUGUCAAAAGACGAGCGAGCUUUUCUUCGGACCCGCCACAAAGUGGGUGACCUAUUCUGCGGUGAGCUUUUGCCGCAUGCAAGUUAGAACAACUAAAGGAAAGGUGCCCUCCGCUUUGUUGAGGACCGAAAUUUCAUUUGGCGCAUCCAGCUGAAGAGGCCACGUCUCGAGAUGGGUGAGCAUAUUUAAUUAACUGUGUGCACUUAUUUCGGACAAAUUAAUCAAUUUGUGGAAGGCUUGGCUCUCAUUAUGUUGUUUAUGAAAAUUCUGUAUCAAUAAAUUUGGUGACCUCUCUUCUUUACCUAGGUUAACGACACUCAACAUCAUAAAACACUUAAUCUAUGAACGAAAGUAAAAAAUACUCUAUAUUUAAGGUAAAAAAUUGCCCCAAAAAACUCCCUCAGAGUUAGAUGAAAAAAACACUCGAAAACGCAGGACCCUAGUUAUAGAUCGAUCACAAUGUGCAACUUUUUUAUGUGGUCUGCAUUUACUCAGUUGUGACUGUUUCUUGAUUUUAUCAAUUAGUCAUAUUUUGUUGGUGCCUAUUUAGCUGUAUUUUUGCCUAUUUAGUCUGUAAAUGCAGUGCAAGCUCAGUUAGGCUUUUACUGCAUUUGGCUUAGUUUGAAGGACAUCAGGUGGAAAUGCUAAUGCUAUUCAUGACCUCUUAUUGUCAAGGUUGUCAUGGUUCACAGGCUUCAUUGAGAAAAAGAAAAAGAGUAUUUACAUUAUGGUUUUUAGUUUAAAUGUAUAAAAUGUAGAGCACAUUUUUUUAUAGAUAUUUUAUCAAUUUUUAAUUUACCUUUGGUGUGUUCAAGCACGUCUAUCUGUAAGCAGUGAAAGGAUCCAUACAAUUCGCUAUCUGUUUAACGACAAACAAGUCCCUUUUAACGCUGUAUUUGCUGUGAAAGUUCCUUGCACCAUGUCUUUUCUAAAUCAUUACUAUAUGAGGUUGGACAACAAGAGGUGCUACUCUUCUGAUUGAACUAAUAUGGAUGCCCAAGUCAGAAAAACCUACCGUAAUUGUAAAAAGUUUUGUCUGCACUCAUGGUGAGAAAAGCAAAGCACUGCCUUGAUAGCAAUGCACAAAUUCUCUGCAUGCUGCAUUCUUGAUGUACUAUUCAAAGAGCGACUUUUCUUGCAAACUAAUCUUUCCUAGAUUUUUUUUCUUUUUAAACCUGUUAUACGGAAUUUAAAAGAAUCCCAGAUGGGGAAGCAGCUGUGAACUGUUUGUGAGUGGAACAUAUAUGCCAACAUUUUGCCAUAUAGUACCUAUAUGUGCUUUGGUCCUCAUAACGAUGUGUGCUUCUUUCCUGUUUUCACUAAUGGUCAACUAUGGAUGGAUUGCAGCUCUAUGUCAUGUAAGAAAGGAAAUGCUUGCUUUGUCAGCUUCACUUUUGUUUUUUCAUGACAAAUUUUUUUAGGGUUUAUGGUGAUAUGGUAUAUACAUGAAAUUUUUUUUUUACUAUUGACAUUGAGGCUUGCUGAUGUCGAGCUUUGUUUCCUCUAAACAACUGUUUUGAUUUGGGAAGUUUUAUAGCUUAAUCUCACUUGGUAACGGAUUGUUCUCUUACCAAUAAGUGGAAAGGCAUGUGAGUAGCUUUAUAUGUCCCAUUAACCAGCCUGAAGAUUGUGGGGCAAUCAAGUCUAGGUCAUAGUUUAAAACAUGAAGUUGUGUUGGAAAAAGCCUUCUGCUAUUUUUUUCACGCUAGAGUUUAUCAAAAGUUUGUCGGAGACGCUUUUCUUGCUUCUGUGCAGCAUUCACAAUUUCUUCACGACCCACACUACGUCAUCCGCGUAUUAGCUUUUUUAGCCUUCACAACCUUGGAAUUUGUGUUGCAUUGAACUGUGGUUUUUGCUAGCUGCACUAUUUGAGCAGCCUUUUCAAAAAGUUUUGUCAUAAACUGGUACUUUGUACUCCAGUUAUGAUAAUUUGUACCAAAGCAAAAAGUGUUUUAUGCCUAUAAGCCCUAGGAUGUAGCUGAUGGUAAAAUGGUAACUUUUAGGAUGAAGAGAAAAAUUGAACAAAACAAUAGUGGGCACUAUAAUUUUUGUUGGUUAGCAUCACCUAACAAUUGCCUUUUUGAAUGGCUGCAACUUUCCACUUAUGAGGGUAAAGACUUUUUACUUUUGUCUAAUGCAGUUAUUUUUAUCAUAAAAAUUCAGAAUUUUUGCUUUCAUUAGAUGUUCUAUAGCUACUGCAAAGACUUCAUGAAUAAGAGCUCUGCAAAGACUUCAUGAAUAAGAGCUGUGCAGAGACUUCAUGGAGAAGAGCUCUUUUUGCAUGGGCAAAAUGAUGUAUACUCAUUAAGGUAAAUAUGAAUAAAUAAAGGAAACUUUAUUGAUUGAAGCUGAAACAUUGGUCUGCAGCAAGGUGACUUGUGCUGUAUAUCGUUUGGACAACUUGCAGGACAUGUGAUGUGCAUACGGUAUAUUUAUAAUAUACUCAACUAUUUGUAUGCUGCUACUUUCAUUCAACUGGUAGCAUUAAAGACAAAUCUCUGCCUCAUAGUAUUAUGCUUUCUCUAUUUUUUUUCUUUCUUAAGGAUGAAAAUAUUUUUUAGACUUGUUGCACAUCUUUAGUGUGUGUGCAGUUUUUCUACCGCAACAUGUAUUUUGCUAAUGUUUCAAGCUCCAAGAGACAUUUACAUACAGCUGUUCUCUUCUCUUUUUUCCUCUUUCUGAUGUCCAUGGAUUGAAAAGAAGUGUACUGUCUCAAAUAAAAAUGCUUUUCGGCAUUUAAAAAAUGCUUGCAAACUAUCUA